GUCUGUGAUCAUCUUGCUAACAACCUUCCAUUAUCUUUUCCUCCUUCUUCUUCUUCUUUUGCUCCCUGCUUUCUCUAGCUCUCAGCUCAGCUCAGCGCGCUCACAAACAAAUAUCUGUCCUCUUCGAUCGGAUCCACAACUACUAAAGCACCACCGUACCACCAUUACCAGACCGGCGCCCGUAUGCGAUUACCCGGCAAAUUAGCACCCGGGUUCUGAUCGAUCAUCGUCAGCCCUUGGAUUCAUUCCAUCCUCGUUCCAUUGAUACGGUACGGUGGCCAAGCUAAAUUAAGAAGCCCACACCCAGCGUCGUCGUCGUGCUUGCAAUUGCAUCUUCUUCCACAUGUCUCCUUCACCGCCGCCAAGCAGCGGCUGCAGCCUAGCAGUACUAGUAGGCGGCACGAGUACUGCAGGGUCGUCCAACAAGUUCAGGCACGCCAUCCUCAGGAACCUGCUCCUACGGCUCAGCAACAAGGACGGCGCUGCGUCGCCGUCGUGGUCCAGUGCCAUGAGCCUGCGCGAGAGGAGGGACGCCGUCAGGCACGCCGCCGACGCCGCCCUCGCCGCCGCACGGGGCGCCGCGCCGCGCUGGAGCCGGGCUUUGGCGGCGGAGCUCUCGUCGCAGUCGCAGUCGCAGCAGCAUGGCCGGUGGCACUGGCACGACGACGACGCGCCCCACCUGCUUGUCGCCGGCGCCGAUGCACGGCCUUCGGGCCAUCAGACGUGCUUGCCGUGCGGGACGGCGGCGGCGGUGGCAGCAGCCGGCUGCAGGAAGACCGUCCCGAGGCGGCGGAGGCUCCGGGUCCGGGCCAGGCCCAAGAGCGGAGCCACUACGGCCUGGUCCGCUGGCGCUGUCGCGCGGGUCGUGGCGAGGCGGCGGGCGCGGGCCGGGGCGCUGAGGAGGAUGGUGCCGGGAGGGCGAGGGAUGGCGGACGAGUGCACGCUGCUUGGUGAGACCCUAGACUACGCCGUGUCGCUCAGAGCUCAGGUCGACGCCAUGCAGCUCCUGUUGAGGACGCUCCAGCCUCCAGGCCACGCCAACAACAACCCUUAAUUUGCUGAAGCAGCAGUAGUGAGGGGAAUUCGAACUACUACACAUAUAUAUACGUACUGAAAUGUGAUCAAGACCGUCCAUCGUUCAUGGAUAUAAUAUAAGACAUGCAUCAUGACGGAAUGGAGAGCUUUUCCCCGGCCCUCUCUUCCUUUAUUCUCCUCUUGCAUACGUGCUGCUAGCAGCUCUCUUCCUGUUUGUUUCUUCAUUCUGUAGCACUGAGAGAGAUCAUGAGGCGAAGGUCAUGUGUGCGUGCCGUAUAUAUAUGUACAGUACAGUACUAGUGUGUGCUACGUACGUGCUACUCCGACACAAAUAUAUAUAUGCAUGUACAUAAGUUUUUGGUUACUCUUU